GAGGAGUAACAGAGUAUUGCUUGGAAUCACACAGAGUGUGAAUGUGCUUAACAAGCAUGAAAAGAAGAAAAAGCGAUUACUUAUGAAUGACUGAAGUUUCAAGAGACAUAGUGCAUGGGUAUUCACUCCCAGUCCUCAUUUUUCUUCAGGUCUGUAAGUGGGAUAAUUCUGCCUGUUCAGAAGAAACUGAAGGGAUAAGCUUACAUGUCUGUCUUAUCUGUGAAAGAUGCAUGAAGAGAAGGAGAGUGUGUGUGUACCCUUUGGGGACUGUGAAGACAAAAAGCCUCCAUUCUCAAGCUCAACUCCAUAUAUAGAUAUAGAUCAGGAACCUAGUUGCUGGACCUCUGCUGUAAAGAGGAAUGUCAGAGAGAACAAAACAAACAUGCCUCUCGUGCUGAAGACUACAACAGCACAACUGAAAGGGAGGUAGAGCUCAGGCUCCUCUGAAGGGGUACAGCUGUGGGUGUCCCGCUGGCAGUUGCAUUUGCACCGAUUCCAUGUGAGUGAUAAAUGAGAAAGUCAGCUAACCGCUUGCUGUGAAGCACCUGCCUUGAAGACCAUUCAGCAUUCAGCUACAACCAGUGACAAAGAAGGAAGAACAGUGGCUGUUGCAUGCAUUUGAGGAAGAACAGCCAGUGAUGCAGGGAGUUGUUGCUGAUGUAAGAUCAUGCUUGCAUGCAAAGGUGUGAAGAUGAGAGAGUUCAUCAGUCUUCUUCUGGCUCCAUGCUUGGUUUUGGGGGUUGGAACUAUUCGAGAGAGCAUCCCAAUGCAGACCCUACAGUGUUAUGGCGACUACAUAUCUCUUACAACUUGCACAUGGAUGGAGUGUUCAGAGGCUCAUCAAUUCGUGAAUGUGACUCUGAACUGCUGUGAAAAGAAAAAAGAAAUGACCUGCAGGUCCCACAAAGGUGAAAACCACACUGACUGCCAGAACUUCACAAUGCAUUGGGUGUGUCACAACCAUGGACAUGGUGGAGAAUAUUACACCUUCAAAUUUGACCUGACAAUGCAGGCAGAGCUAAAUGUCUACUUGUUUCAGAAUGUUCAGACCCUCCCACCUCAAAACCUCUCAGUCAGCUUGAUGGGAUCAGGAGACUUCUUGCUGACCUGGGAAGCAGCUGAUGGAAGCCAAGGGCUGGGCAAUGCCCUGGAGUAUGAAGUCACUUACAAGCGGGAGUGGGAGUCAUGGGAGAAAGCUGCCUCACUCUUGUUCUCCAACACCACACGUUGCCAUCUCAGCCGCGAGGACCUUGUCCCAGGGAGCAGCUACGUUGCCCGUGUGCGAGCCAGACCGGGGUGGGCCAGUGGCUUCUCCGGGCAGUACAGCGAGUGGAGCACAGAGGCAUCGUGGGAGACCCCUGAAGGUGGCCUUCAGCCCAGGAACCUUUGCUGCCUCUUCAAUGGUGCAGACCGUUUGACGUGCAGCUGGGAAGUGAAGAAAGCAAUUACGACCUCUGUCCUCUUUGGCUUGUUCUUCAGGGCCACUCCAUCAUCAGCAGAAGAGGAGUGCUCUCCUGUGCUCGAGAAGGCUUUGCCCCAUGUCCUGUAUGUAGUCCAGAGCUGUGAGAUCCCGGUCAGCAACUUCAGCAGUCAGAGCCAGUACCAUGUGUCUGUCCGGGCCAAGACAGAGGAGAAACUGAUUGAAGCCUACAAGAACAUUAAGGUGCUGCCACCUGCAAAUGUGUCAGUAACGCUGACAGGGAACCAAGAGUAUGAACUGAGGUGGAUAAAACACACUUUCGAAUAUGGCUUAAUAAAACAGAGAUACGAAGUCGAGUACUGGAAAACCGACCAAUAUGAAAAGACUCUCCAGAAGUUAAAUAUCAACAAUGAUGAACCUCCCUUCAUCUUCACCCUGCAGAUGCUGGCACCAUCUACAGAAUAUAGGGGGAAAAUGCGUGCAAGGGUGAACAUGCCUCAUUAUGAUGGGCCUUGGAGUGAAUGGAGUGAGGAGUUCACCUGGAAAACUGAGAAUGUUCUGCCACCAGUGGUUCUCCCAGUGAUGCUCCCAGUUCUCAUCAUCACUUUGCUAAUAGUUGGUUAUUGCAGCUAUAAGUAUUUCCUCAGGAAGAAGAAAAUGUGGGAGGCAAAGAUUCCGAACCCCGGCAAGAGUCUCCUGAUCCAGAGCUACCUGGGGAAAGUACCCUUAGGAAACCAGCCAACAAGCAGCCAGCUGGACUUCAACAAAUACAACCUUUCCGAGAAGAUGGAGCAGGCUAGCUUCCUUCAAGUUGUGGACAGGCAGACGAAGACUUUGGCAGAGUCCCCCGAAGGGCAGGCUAAGACGACAGAUGUUUCCCCUGUUGCACUGGACCUACAGAACUCCUACCAUGCUUUAAAUGAGCCAGAGCACGCCCCAGUUGCCUGCUCACGUCAGAUUGCUGGUCAUUCCUUUCCUGUUUUGAGGAGAAACAGUGCUGAUGCAAGUGUUGCUUCCCAGACAGCAAUCCCUUGCUUUGCUUUCAAUGGUCCAUACUUGUACAGCCCAGUGGCAUCCUCCCAGCCUGAAAUGCAUCCGACCCUGGGAGUGGACCCUGUGGGAGUCCGGGAGAAAUCAGUUUCCCUUCAGUAUGUGACCCUCCCAAAGGAAGACUGUCCCCAGGUUCCACAAAGGCAAGAACAGCCAGGAGCAGGUCCUGCACAGCCCUUCCAGCUCCCAGGUCAGAAGGAAAUGAUGCAGCACCUUGACGAUGAGGAAGAAGUCUCACCAGCCCCACCAGCCUGUGGGAAAGGCUCGAACGUGAGAACAGAAGAGCAGAAAUCUCCAAAGGCUCUUAGCUGCAUCACGUCUCCUCAGCAGUGCCCCUUGGAGUACAUCACCACAGAGAGCCUGUUACUGCCAUCAGCCGGCGACUCCAACCAUCCACCACUUGUCACUGCUGGGGGGUUACCUUGUGACUCACAGGAGCCGCAGCCCCCCAGUGACCACUCUUGCCAUGAGUUUUCUCCUGGGAAAACUGGUGUCAUGGUCCCAGUUUCAGGUCAAGCACUGGCCUCUUCUCCUGAAUUGCACCUGGAUACAUUUGGAGACUAUCUUACUGUCCCUUUAGGUCUCCAUGGACAUUCAGAACCCACAAAAAUGUCCUUCGAUAUGUUUUGAAAAGGAAUAUUUUUUUUCCCAAAGAACCUGUAUUGGAGAACUAGAUAGUCAUAUUUAAUCCUGGCAGCACCAUAAGAGUUUUACUCCCCUAUGGGCAAUUGCUACCAUGUCCCCAACCUAAAACCCAGUAAGAAUGUGCAGAUGGGUCAGAAAGAUCCCCAAGUUUAUUGGGCUUGCGUGGUAAGUGUUUUGUAGCAGGGGGGCUACAGGGGUGGCUUCUGUGAGAAGAUGCCAGAAGCUUCCCCCAUGUCCAACAGCAGCAGUUCCAGUUAGCUGCAAGACGGACCUGCUGCUGGUCAAAGCUGAGCCUAUCAGCAAUGUUGGUAGCACCUCCGUGAUAACAUAUUUAAGACAGGGUAAAAACUGCUGCACAACAGCAGCUGGGAGAGAGGAGUGAGAAUAGGAGAGAGCAACAACCCUGCAGACACCAAGGUCAGUGAAGAAGGAGCGGGAGAAGGUGCUCCAGGUGCCGGAGCAGAGAUUCUGCUGCAGCCCAUGGGGAAGACCAUGGUGAGGCAGGCUGUCCCCCUGCAGCCCAGGGAGGUCCACAGUGGAGCAGAUAUCCACCUGCAGCCAGGUGAGGACCCCACGCCGGAGCAGGCAUAUGCCCGAAGGAGGCUGUGACCCCGUGGGAACCCCGCGCUGGAGCAGGUCUUCUGGCAGGACCUGUGACCCUGUGGGGAACCCACACUGGAGCAGUCUGUGCCUGAAGGACUGCAGCCCAUGGAAAGGACCCACACUGGAGCAGUUUGUGAAGAACUGCAGCCCGUGGGAAGGACCCACGUUGGAGAAGUUCGUGGAGAACUGUCUCCUGUGGGGGGGAUCCCACGGUGGAGCAGGGGAAGAGCGUGAGGGGGAAGGAGUGGCAGAGACGACAUGUGAUGAACUGACCCCAACCCCCAUUCCCCAUCCCCCUGAGCCACUCAGGGGGAUGGGGUAGAGAAAUUGAGAGUGAAGCUGAGCCUGGGAAGAAGGGAUGGGUGGGAGAAGGUGGUUUAAGAUUUGGUUUUAUCUCUCAUUAUCCUACUCUGAUUUUGAUUGGCAAUAAAUUAAAUUAAUUUUC